AGUGAAAUUUCUAUCCAGAAAAUCCUAACAAAGUUUGGUGCAUUCAAAACAAAAAUGAAACUCAAAUUAUUUACUCUUUUGGCUCUGCUCAUUGCCAUUUUCGCCUGUGCCGCUGCAGCGCCAGGACGUUGGUCGAAUCCUCCAACAGUAAGACCACAACCACCACCACGUCCAAUACGUGUACGACGCAAUGUUGCCACCGGCGGUGGUGUUGCCACAAAUCCAGCUGGAGGACAUGAUGUUAAGUUGGAGAUCGCAAAAGGUGUGGGCACACCCGAUGCCAAUCUGAUUGCAAGUGCCGGUGCGGUGGGUAAUACUAAAGGUGGACCAAUUACCACAAGCGCCUCGCUGGCGGCGAAUCUCAAAGGACUCGGCGCCGCUGUUACCAAAGAGCACACACCCGGUGUUGGCAGUACGCUCACAAAGAGUGGUAGCGCCAGUGUCUUCUUGAAUGACAAUAAUCGUUUGGAUGGCUCCAUCUUUAAGUCUAAUACUAAACUAUCGAAUGGUUUUGAGUUUGAGAAAAAUGGCGGUUCCUUGGCACUAAACAAUGCUGGUGGACAUGGUAUAUCCAUUGCUAAAGAGACGAUACCCGGUUAUAGUAACAGCCUAACGAAAUCUGCUCACGCAACAUUCUUCAAUAGUGGUCCACACGCCGUGGGUGCAAGUGUAUUUGAUACAAAAAAAUCAUUCGAUUUUGGUCCGAAAUUCCACGAGACAGGUGGUAAUCUGAAUUGGGCUCAUUCUGGUGGUCAUGCGGCGAGUUUAGGUUUAUCGAAGGUGCAUGAUUUUGGCACGAAACUCAAUGUGGGUGGCACUUCGAAUCUCUUCACCUCGGCUGAUCGUCAAACGAAAUUUGAUUUUAAUGCUGGCGGCUCACGUUGGCUCAAGGGUCCGAUGAGUGGUAAAAAUGACUUCAACGCUGGAUUUGGACUUUCCCACUCCUUCAGAAACUGGGGUUAAUUGGAAGUAUUGGGUUGAAGGAGAGUAACUAUGUAUGCUUGUAUAUUUUUAAAUAUUUAUUUUAUUUCUCUAUUACAUAACUGGGUUAAAAAGGUACUUUUAGUUAAGAAAAAAUUAUUAUUAUAUAAAUGAAUAAAAACAAAAAAUACA